GCACCUUGGGGUCAAUGAGCGGAGGAAUAAUAAGUAUAAAAACUACUACUAAAAAGUGUUAUUAUUUAAUUAAUUAUGUGUGAGCAUGCUAGGUAAAAAUACAACAACGUAGCCACACAAGUUUUAAUUCUGCUACUCCGACUUGUGCUUCGAAUUACUGUUGCUUGCUAAGACAUCCCCUUCGUACCCACUUCGCGAACUUUGUUUUGAAAGUUAGUACGGAAGUUUUGGGAUUCUCGCAACUUCUACAGAAUAAAAGUAACGGAACCGGGGCAGAGCCGGUGCUGCAGGUUGCCAGAGAGUUGUUUUGUUGCUACAAGUAUUUUUCGCCAGUUCUUAUGAAAACGGAAGGGUUUCUGAACAGAAAUAGAAUAACCCUUUGAUGAAGAAAAGGCCGCCGCCGACUGACAGGAGAAACUUUUGGACUGUGGAUGAAAUGAACAGCACAACAAUGGAGACGGAAUAACACCGAAGAAGAAGAAGAAGAAGAAGUCAUGAGUUUCGGUGUCCCUGCGGAUUCUCUGCUGCUUUUCCGUGCCUGUGACGAGGGCGACUAUGAGACGGCUCGCAGCAUCCUCGAACCCGGGGCUUCGAAGGAGUCGGGGCGGCAGAGCAGGCUGCGGUCAGAAGCGUUGUCGGAGUGCAGCGCCGCGGUCAUGUUGUCUCUGGUUCCGGUGGACUGCACGGACGAGGAGGGGAACACCGCCCUGCAGUUCGCCUCGGCCAGCGGCCACGAGAACCUGGUCCGCUUUUUGCUUCGGAAGGGAGCCUCGGUGGACAGCCGGAACAAUUACGGCUGGACUCCGCUGAUGCAGGCGGCGAGGUUCGGUCAUUUGACAGUUGCCCACAUCCUCUUGGAGAAUGGAGCUGAAAUGAAUGGCAGGAACCGGCUGGGCGCGAGCGUCCUGACUAUGGCGGCCCGUGGCGGACACACUCACGUCGUGAAGUUGCUCUUGGAGAGCGGAGCGUACGUUGACGACUACGAUCACCUGGCCGUCACCGCAGAAGUCGUCUCCAAUGGCAAUAACAACAACAGCUGCAGCGCAGCAGGUUUCGGAGGCUCUGAAGGUUGUCCUGAAGUGGGCAGCAUCAGGGAGUUUAUGGACAUCACAGCUCUGACGGUCGCGUCCCAGCAUGGUCACGAGGCCACGGUGCGUCUGCUGUUGGAGUGGGGUUCCGAUGUCAAUUUUUCCCAGAAAACCACUGGCUGGGGACCACUGAUGACAGCGACUCUCAGCGGGAAGGUGGCUGUGGCUCAGCAGCUAGUGGAACGUGGCGCUGACCCCGACCGUGUCAACGUUCUGUCCAAGACGGCCUUUGAACUGGCAAUGCAGCUGAAGCAGAGGGACAUCAAGGCCUAUCUGGACUCCAUCACCACCGUCCGACCCCUGACAGACGACGAGAGGAGAAGACCAGACGUAUUCAGCGCCCUUAAGUUAGGGAAUUUCCAGCUAGUUAAAGAGAUCUUGGAGGAGGAUCCCAGUCAGGUGAAUUCCUCCAACCAGGAAGGAGCUUCACCUUUGAUGAUGGCGGCAGUGUGCGGCCAGUUAGAGGUGGUGCAGCUGAUAGUGGACAAGAAUGCAGACAUAGACAAACAGGACGGGGUCCAUGGCUGGACUGCACUAAUGCAGGCGACGUAUCAUGGCAGUAAAAGUAUCGUCAAAUACCUGCUGGACCAAGGAGCGAACGUCAACCUUCGAGCUAAGAACGGAUACACAGCAUUCGAUCUGGUUAUGCUGCUGAAUGACCCAGACACUGAGCUGGUGCGUCUGUUAGCAUCAGUGUGUAUGCAGGUAGAUAAGGACAAGUCAAAACACCGCAGCAGAGCCGCGAUGACUCGCUCCAAAAGCCGUCAGUCCCUCAACAACAUCCCGGUGCCACCCGACGACAAGGGAGGUCUAAAGUCCUGGUGGAGUCGAAUGUCAAAUCGGUUCCGGCGCCUGAAGUUGACUCACACCCUGAGACACGGCCUCUCCUCCAAUCGCUUGGCCCCAUUCCCUGAUGAUGCGGACGCUUCUCUGGAUACUACGAUGAAGGCCCAUCAGAAGCCUACUGCGUUGCCCAACGGCACGCUGGGACCUACACCUCCGCUCGGAGGAAGUGAUGUCAGCGCAGUCUGGGCCGUGAAGACUAAAGAUCCAGGUGUUUGCAGGUCCAACUCGGAAAAGGAAGACUUUCUCAUAACCACAAUGUUAAGGAGCGGUGCACCCUUGACCCGACUGCCCAACGACAAACUGAAAGCGGUGAUCCCUCCUUUCCUGCCGCCGUCCAACUUUGAGCCGUGGAACUCGGAUCGUUCGCGCCUCCUCCGGGAAGGAAAGAGCGAAGCGCCCCGUCUGCCCAUGCCGCCGCAGAGAAAACUCAACAGCAGCGGAAACUCGGACAUUACAUCCGUCAGCCGUGUGGUCAACAGGUCCAUUAAGUUUGCCAGCAUUCCAAAGGGGCCUUCCUCCUCCUCGCCCUCUAACUCUGGACACUACCACUCUCCUCACUCCUCUGGCGGCGCCAAUGGCGUAGCAGGUCUCAGCAGGGACUCGCACAACCGCUCAGGGGGCAGCGCAGACAGCGUCCUUUCCCAGAUCGCAGCCCAGAGGAAGAGAGCGGCGGGCAUCAUCGACGUGAAGGUUCAAGCUCCAGAGAAACAGCACAGCCCAUCUCAGAGCCAACCCCAGACCCCAGCUCCGACACCCAGCCACCCACAGCCCGAUGUCAGCCUCCCUGACACGCCCGCCCACACCAGCCUGGUCCACUCGGAGGUCCAUUCCAGGAGGAAGAUUGAACUCAAAAAGAGACCUCAGUCGGGGAACUCCUCCACCUCCAAGAGCACGUCGCCCACACUGACCCCUUCCCCUUCGCCCACGCCGAAGCCUCCAACUGGGCCGGGAGACUCUCUGUCCUCGGCGUCUUCCCACCCUCGCUCCAAGAGCAGCGGAGGGUCCAGCAGUGGGACCAUUACAGAUGAAGAUGAGCUGUCUAGUAUCUUGAAGAAGCUGUCCCUGGAGAAGUACCAGCCCAUAUUUGAAGAACAGGAGGUGGAUAUGGAAGCGUUUCUGACUCUGACAGAUGGAGACCUGAAGGAGCUGGGCAUUAAAACAGAUGGACCGAGACAACAGAUUUUGGCUGCUAUAUCUGAGCUCAACGCUGGGAAGGGCAGAGAAAGGCAAAUACUUCAGGAGACCAUUCACAACUUCCAGUCGUCAUUUGGCAGCAGCGCCAGUAACUCCAGACAAGCGGGCGAACCGCGCUCUCCGACAGGUUGGAUGAGGCACCAGGUUCGUUCAUCCAGCAAAAGGUAGCCGACGAGCCAGGCGCCCAUUGAGGUGAACACCAAAGGUACAUAACACAUACUGUAAGGAACGAAUCGCUGGGAGAUCUGAAAUCAAGACUGAAAAUGAACUGGAGAUCUGUGGAGCCCAAUGUGGGAUUAUUCUAAAAACAAAACAAAAACUGCCUUAAAGUUUUUCUCUCCGCAUGUGAGAUUGUGACUAAACAGGGCUGGACAUCAGUAUUCGGUGUGUGUGACAGGUUACAAGGUGAGUGAGUAUGGAGUGUGAACAUGUCGGGUUUUGUACCGUUAAUGCACAAAGUCAGGUCAAGGGUGGAGAAAAAAAAAAUUCUAAAUUCUCAUUGGCUACGACCGGAGGGAAGAACAGAAGGGACGCUGGCCCGAGCCUUUUUACAUUAUCCUGUACUCUUGGACGUCUUUCACUUUGUGUGUGUCUCGAAUUACUGGCCGACUGUGUAAACAGAUGAUUUUUCAGAUGAUGACGCAAUAAGCCAAUGCUUUUUACGGUCGAGGAUCCUGUUGGACUCGAGACGAGCAACAAUAUUGGCUGAACCAAUAUCUGGGAGUAUUUUACAAGCGGUAUAAAUUUAGUUAGAGAAAAAAAAAAAAAAAAAAAAAAA